AAACUCACAACAAAACAAAGUAAUCAAAGGAGUGUAGCAGAAGGAUAUGAUAGGAUAGGGCAGGACAAGAUUAGGUCAAGUUGGACAAGAGAAAUGUCACUUUCGGGUUAUUUUAUGUAUAGUUUGUAGUUUUUCGCCGAUUUAUUGAAAUAAAAUGUACCUAUAGCGCUGAAUCUCAAGUCUUUCUACUUGGAGGAUAAGGAGGCUGUCGGGUGUGAAGUGACGUGUGCUGAAGCUGAGUGGGAAGAUGACCGAUGCGACGGCAGUGGACAACAACAUGUACAUUCUAGCAGUCAAUGUCAGCAAUCGCCCGCCCGCCAAACAGUUCCCCCGCCCCUUCCGCAAUCCGCCACAACCCCACAUGUGCAUCCAUGUCAUGCUACAAGGCUCGCACACACCAUGCUACAUAAAUGUGAUGUCAUGGAGCAGAGUGGAGCUGCCACUACGACCCGAUGCUCCGAUUCCGCUGUAUGGCGGAAUGCAGGUUCCUUUCAAUGAGAAAACGUUCAAGAACUUCAAACAGAAGCCGAUGGUGUUUGCAGUCAUGGUAAAUCCGGAGAUUCUGUUGAAGAACGGCAAACAUUCUCAGAGCACACAGGACAGAGACUCGUUCAUAGAUUUAAUACUGGAAUUUGUGGAGGCGAUGAAUCCAGCCGUGCAGUUCACGAGACGAUUCGACGUGUUGGAGAACAGAGAUUUGACUGGUGAACUGAAGGACAUCUGGACCAUUGUGCAGAUCAAGCGAGCCAAGGAGAAGCAUGAGAACAACAAGGCGCAUCAUUUCGAUGAGAACUGUCAGCCUCAUUUAUCGAGAGAGGAAGCGACACACUAUCACCAUAAGUACGGGCCUCAAACGAAAGACAUCGAACUGCGGAACGAGCCUAGCACUGUGACGGUGACUGUCACGAAUACGGACUCUGACCCGGACACUGACGCUGGGCCCAGUUGAGACUGCGACCUCGGUCGACUGUCAAUUACCACCGAACAUCGUCUCAAUUCCUAGUGAUCCACCGCCAAAAGUUUUAUCAUUCAACGUUGAAACAUUCACUUUGUUAUUAUUGUUGACGGUUUGAAAUUUAUAUACAUUUCAAAUGACAGUUAUAUCCUAUUGUGAUCUAGUAAUGUAGUGGGACGGGGAAUUAUUCACUCUAUUUAAUGAAGUUGAGGUCCGAUUCCAACGAGUCUAAUAACGUCUCAUGUUUUUAAUUGUUAUUAUUUUACACAUAAUUAUCCACUAGUCAGAGUAUUUUAAGAUAAGAUCUCAAAACAAAUCCUUCAGUAUUAGCACUUACAUGUCCUUUCGUCAUUGUUUGAAAUAUGUUAUUUGUUUCACGUUUUGUAAUAUUUGUUUCAAUUUCUUCUAUCUCAUGUUAUUUUAUAUAUUUCAUCCUCGCAGAUCAUAUCUUAUUUAUCGCAAAUCGCAGAAUUUUUUAGUCAAGAUCUCAAAACGAAUCCUUCAGUAUUAGUUAUUUCGUUGUCCCAUAUUCAUCAUAAUUGCUUUGAUUUUCUUCCUCAUUGUGUUGUUUGUUUCCAAUUUAAUCGUGGUUUUUAAUGUUAUACCUAGUUAUACACUUUAGUUCCUUUCAGAUCUUAGCUUUUAAUGUGAUUUGUUACUCUUAGCCAUUUAUGAGAGCAAUAACUUUUUUAUCAUGACAAAUGUUUCGCUUGUGAGUCAAGAUUAUACAUGUUUUUCUAGCGGCAUUCCAAGUCUUCUUUACUGCACGUUAUUUACGGUUUCAAAACAGGGUAAACUACGUUAAAAUUGUUGACCAAUAUGUUGUUGAGAUUUUAUAUCCUUGAAAUUUUUACGAGUUCUAAAUUUUGUUCACACAUUGACAGAGAACAAAAUCUAUGUUGACCAAUCUCUUGUACGAGAAAUAAAUUUUAUUGACAGAGACUUGAAAGCAACUGGUCCGUAUUUUGUGUCUCUAUCUUUAUUGCACUUAUUAUUACUGUAUGUACGUUUGAUAACGCUAUUUUGUUAGCGUUGAACAGAAAUAAUCUAUUUGUUUUGCUGCCUGAUGUAGAAGAAUAAGGUGUCGGUUCGUGUUCAUCUUUUAUCUUGACCUGCAUAUUCGACAGGCAUAUUUUGUAGGUGUUUUAUAAUUAUUAUACACUUAUCGUGCUUUAUCGUCAACUUCAUUCAUUUGAGCAAACAUUAGCAUCACAAUUGAAAGGUGGAUUUGUUGCUCACAAUUUUAAUACGCACAUAUAUGUCCUAUAUAUAGUUCCAAUCGAAUAUAGAAAUAUUUAUGGAAUGAAUGGUGGAUUCAAAUGUUCAAAUUUAUGGCGAAUCAAUAAUAUUAUUGAUAGUAUAAUAUUAAACAUCGCAUUUACCUCCAAUAAAAGCAAUCUUAUGACAGUAUUUUAAACAACUGGGCCUUCUAAUCGAAUAGUAGAAAUUAAUUGGUGUGUGUGUCUAUAGAGCUAUUAAUGUUCAUAGUGAUAAAGUUAUAGAAAGCAGUUACUGUACUUUCAUCAUAUAAACAACCUGUAUUUGUAGAAAUCCGUAGGCGACUUCAAAGUUUUUGAUUUGUCAGAAAAUUGUCCAGUCGAAUAGCGAUAGAACUAAUAUUAUUUUGAAAUUUACUCGUGUAUCUUAGAAGAAUCUAGAUCUUGGUGUUAAUAACUAAUAAUUGGUGCACAAUUACCAUUGUUCAAUGUGUAAAAGAACAUUACGAUGAGUAUAAUUGUCACUGGAAUGUAGAAAGUAAUCACAAUGGUUGUAAUUUAAAUCACAUUUCAAUUAAGCAAACAUUAACUAUCUCUUUUUCUCCGUUUUGGAGACUUGUGAUUCUAUUUUGAUAAAAAUAUUGAGAAAGUAACUCACAUACACCAAGUGAGAAUGUGUGUUUGAGUGUUGGUAGUUAUAUUGCUGUGUAGAGUUUUAAAGUAUUAACUAUUUGUUAUAUUGUGACAUAUUUGGUAAUAUUGUUGUCUUUUUCGUGAUAAAUUUGCAGAUUCUCUCAAACUAGUUUUCUUGAAUUGGUUAUUGAAUGUCUUGGGAAAGAUUGUCAAGUUUUACAACUAGUUGUAAAACAAUACUAGUUGACUAGCACCAACUGUAUUCUUGGAACAAAGAAACUACUCUUGUUCCAUAGCUGUUUUCCAAUAAUGAUGCACUUCACAUUAUUAAAAAUCAAUCAAUCAAUCGUGUAUUGCUACACUGUACCCAAUUAAAAAAAUAAGAUUUCCAGGUGUUUAUUUUCCAAAGAAAAGAGUUUGUAAGAUUAUAAAAAUUGGACUGUACCCAUUUGAAUAAAUUAGAUUGCCAGGUUCUUUUUUCCAAUUAACAAGAAAAGAGUUUUUCAAAUUAAAAAAAAAAUUAAAUUCUACUAUCCGUGUAGUAACAAAGUCUUGGUUGUGAUUUUUUGUCUUUAAUUUUAAAAAAAUUACGGCUGUGGUCAGUAGGAAGCAAAAUUACAAUUUAUAACACCAAAUUAUCAACAAUCUCUCAUUUUUCAAUGAAUGUCAGUUCUAAAUUCUCACUACUUUCUUGAUCCAUAAAAUACUGGAAUCUAAUUAAGAAUUAUUUCAUUUCAUUUUUUCAAAUCUGUAAAUUUUUGGCCAAUCAUUAUUUGAUUCAAUUAUGAUAUCUUCCAUGGAAAUUCAAAAGAUUUUUCCAAUACUAGUGUGAGAAUUUCAUCUUCAAGUUUUGAAAACUAAACAUUUCGUUCAGCAGGUGUUGUAGUACUUUCAGUGCAAGUAUAUAAAGUUAUACAGGUUGGCUUGGAUUCAAAAAUGUUUAAAUAAUACGUUUUUCAUUGAAACUCCAGGAAUUAAGUAAGGUGUCUGUUUUCUAGAUAUCAAGAAUUUAAAUUGGAGAAUCAUUACAGGCAAAUUUAUUUUCUUAUCUGUUUCAACCUCUUUAUUGCUCCCAAUCUCUCGGUUUAAACACCUUCCUCUUCUUCUUUGGCUGUGCCUUAUCCCAUUUAAAUGGGGUCGGCAUUCCUUCCUCUUCACAAAGCCCUAUCCAAUGCUUCCUUUCUCCUCCAACCACUCUCCCGCAAGUCAGCCGCUAUUCUAUCUCCCCACCUCAUCCUAGGUCUACCUCGUCCUCUCACUCCCUCCAAAAUCAAAUCCUGCACUCUUCGUCCAACAUAAUCCUCCUCCCGUCGCUGUACAUGCCCAAACCACCUCAUCCUUGUCUCCUGCACCACCUCAUCCUUGUCUCCUGCAUCCUUGUCUCCACCUCAUCCUUUAAAUCUCUCGGUUUAAACAUGAACAUUCUUAAUUUCGAAAAUAACCUCAUAGCGUUGUGAAAUAUCCUUUGUUAAUAUAGGCAUGUGUUGAAGUUUCUUAUAAAAAUGCAUUAAUUGUGUAUUGCAAGAUUGAUUAGCCUACUACGACAUUGUUACUAGUUUGAUAUCAUUGGAUCAAUUGAGUUCAUUUUUAUCAAAUUCAACAAUAGAAGUUUCCAUUUUUUAGAAACAUUUGUAAAUUGAGAGAUAAGUCACUCAUUUUCUUUAUGAAUUUAAAACUCUCUAAACAGUCAUAUUGAUAAUAAUACUGAUCUUCCUUUGAUUUUGUUAGAGAUAUAGAUGAUAGCGAUUAAGAUAAAUCCUGAUAUAGUGAACAGUUUGAACCUUCAUAGUAUGAAACUAAUGUUAGAUUCCAUGGCCACAAUCACACCACUAAAAGUAUAUCUAUAAAGUACAGUUGAUAGAGAAAUAGCUAGAAUGAUACACUAAUCAAUUGAGUAUGGGAAUAAUAAUAAUAAUGAUAGAAUUUUUCAUAGAAUAAGAGAUUUUGAUUUCUCUGUUUCUCAAAAACGACUACCUAUCUUUUUUAAUUGGAGUAAUGAUAAACUAAUUUAAAAUCCCGGUAACUAACAUGACAGUUGAUUAAUUAAGUGCGGUCCCAUUUAAAAUUCAACUCUUUCUUUCUAUCUUUUUAACUAAAUGUCAACAUCGAAAUUAAAUUUUAUACAAGACUAUUCUAAUGGAAUGCGUGCAAUAGUUUUUUUUUAGAAUUAUGGCCUACGAAUUUGAGAACAUUUUAUCUGUAUUAGCUAUUAUCCAGUUGAUAAUUGUCAUGAUUGUAUUCAAUUAUACAUUUUUGUCUUGAAAAUAAUAUUUAAGAAAGAUUUAAAAUUAUUGUUGUUGGAUGACGCACGUGUGAUUAAUUAAAUUAUCACCUUGAUCAUAUGGUACCGUGUUCUAUAAAUGAUAUCGUUAUUUAAUUUUUUUGUAAAAAAUAUAUUUCCAGCAUUUCACUGUUAUAAAGAGUUGUGCGAUUAUGUUUUACAGCCAAAGUGAAACAUAAUAAUGAUUUACUAAUCUCCCAGCGAAUACUGCCUAUUCUUCAUUCCUGAUUUUUGUUCCACAAUGAUACUUGACAAAUUAUUUAAUCUCAUUGCUAUUUUAAUAUAAUAAUUCUCUUGAAAUCUACUAUUAUAUUGGAUCAGUGUGCAGUAGUCUACCGUAUAUGUUUUGUGAAAAUAAAUUGAAUAUUUUUUGACGGUUUCAAGCGUCAAAGUUAAUUCCAGCACUGUGAAAUUAUACAUUAAUAAGUUCGCAUUAUCCGUAUCCUCUAUUUAUGUACAAUUUUUCAAAAAAACUCCAUGAAGAAUUAUUUACAUGUUGACUUUUGUUGUUGAUUACUCUUUAGAUUGUUUUAAAAUAGUGAUUCCUUUUUCAAAAUAAAAUAUAAUAUUUUUCCUGCUGA